AUGAUAGAAAAUUCUCCCUUUCAGAUAUUUGUUUCCGAUCGCCCUGGUGAGUCGGGUUGAGAGAAUGUGAAGCAAUCGAAGAACAUUACAAUAUAAUCAAUGGUGCCCUUUGGCGAGAAACCUUGUGCAUCUAACAUACUUCCCCCAUCUCGAAUGAUUACAAGGUCAAGACAGUUUGAGCAUUACCCCUUUCCAACACGUUUGUCAACAGUUGCAUUCUGGAAAAAUAAUUUCUCCGCUGCCAUUUUGAGCAAAUGAUGUUCGAGUGUAUCCGGUGGACUUAAAAUCGCCCAAGAUUGCCGGUCGAUAUUGGGAGCACUAAAGUUCAAAAAAUUAAUGACACUCCUAUUAGAUCAGGUGUUGUUCAGUUCAGUUAGGAUAAGGCUAUCGUGGUUGACUGUCUGGUUUGAAAAACGACAUACAACAGCAAAGGCCAGUGGUUAGACGAAUGUAGUGGAUAUAGUGAGAGAUAAAAAUGCUGCCUUCGUUGUUGUUGUGGGAUGUGGCUAAGUGACCGCGAUCAAAUUGUAGCUAACAUAGAUUGCGACUCCUCUUCGGCUUUUCCCGUCUCUUCUUAACAGUUGAUAACUGCCGAGGGGUGCCUCGUGUUCUCCAAUAGCUCCAGAAAGCCAUGCUUACGUUUAGACGAUGGUGUCUGGUGUGUGCUCGUCGACCAAAGUCCUGGCCUCACCAAUCUUGUUAAAUGGGCUUUGUACAUUUCAGUACAUCAACUCCGGCGUCUGUCUUUUCGGUGGGACCAGCCACGAUUACAAAAAGCGUUGGCCACAUGAACGAUCAUUUGAUCCGUAUUAUCUUCCCACUCCUUAUUUUUAGUCCUUUCUCCCCCUCGUCUGUCCUCCUCCUUCAUGCUGUGCCAUUCUUUCGGUUCGUAAUCCGGCUAAAAAAACACCUCCCUUUGCGAAUGAGGAAGGUCCGUUCACCUUUCUAGGAGAUGUGAAUCCUUGAAUUCAUUUUCAAGAAUGAUUAUAAGAGGCCUUGGUGAUGGUAGUCUUCACGAUGCCUCGGCGUUUCCUAGACGGAAAGUUUUGUGCGCAGUAACACACUCUCCAUCCUGAAGGAUGUCAUUUGAUUAUGCUCGCAUGGGUUGAGAUCGCCUUCGACCCUUUCUUUUGCGACCGAAAAACUGGACUUAGGAGCUUCCUUCAUGACUAUAUUUCGUCUUCGGUCGAGAUGUCCAUUUUGUGACUCACGCGUACGUUUUAUGAUAAUGCCUUUACUGCGAUCAUGAAGAGGGCGCUGACGUUUAUUUUUAUGCACAGAAUCUGCAUUGCACCAGUUCCCGUUUUCAUCAUCGUUCGAUUCGAGGACAGCUGUCGUGGCAUAGCUACCGCGCUGUUCCUCACCCACUGAAACCUCUUGGUCAUGUGAUGCCUCCUUGGGCAGUGCAGUAUUCGCUUGCAUUGUGUGAAGACACUGUUCUAUUAUAUUGACAGUAUGGCUUACUUUGUCUUUCAAGGAUGCCCUGGGACGCUUCUGCAUUUUCAGAGACCCCUUCCUGUCAUCCCUUUCCCCACUAGAGGUCGGUUCUCGGUUGUGAUUAGUUCCUUAUACGAUCACUCUUCUUUCUGAGCGGCUGAUGCAGUUAGUAAGGCCGUACUUGGGUAUGUUCCUUUUAUUUUCAGAAGUUCUGACAUCACCGACUUUCUUUUUUGGGUGAAUGACAAGGCCGUUCAUCAACUUCUCCCUCUCCAAUCCUUCUGAAGACGUCUAAAACAUGUCGCAUAGGUUUCGUCUUCGUAUUUUAUAUCUAGUAAAGUUAUCAAACUCUAUGUCUGCUUGGCUGGAGGAUAUUUGACAGCAGGAAACCCCAGACUGCAUUUAUUUAUACAAUGUGUACUGCAUAUAUUAUCUUUUUUUCCGUUCGUCUGUUGCAUGUCAGCGGUCUAGUGGUAGGGACGCCAUCCUCAUUACUCUGUUUCUCGGAAUCGAUUCCGACUCCGGACGGGCUUCGUGCACAAUGUUUCGAGUGCAUUUGUUCAGCUAUCAUUACCGUUCAGAGGCCAUCAAACGAGGAUUUCGUAUCCGAACUCCAACAAACCUCUUUGCGACCCUACAAACGGCAUAAAUAUUAGAGUCGGCCCACCACAGCAAGAGACUCAUGGCGUGCCCAGCAGCCCCCAGUGUCAACAUCAAACACCCGACCGAGGACCCCCUCUUUUCCAUGUAUAUAACAAGCCGAACGAUUGCUGGUACUGCCAGCUAUUCAAAGAGGGCGUCGGUAGGUUUGGUCAUAAUAAACCCCUAGGUAAGACGGCGCUCGUUCUAUUAACCUUCAUUUCCCCCCCCCCACCAUCUACAGAUUCCCUGUUAACAGUCGCUGGUACAGUUUGUGGAACCCCUACCAUCGUACUCAUUGACACUUAGGCCACUCGGUCUGUCUCGUGACCUUCCCAUAUUCCCACUAUGCACUCCCAACUCGGGUAGCCACCGUAACCCUGAUCAUAAUCCAUUUGCUUAGUUAUUCAUUCUUCCCCGCAGCCAGCUGCACUCCUUUGAGAUCUUUUUGUUAGAUUUAAUCUUUUUCUGCCAAUUUCCCUUGUCUUUCGUGCUCAUUUGUUAUCACAGUUAAUAUUGUAUCGUUUGCGCAUUCAGAGUGUUAUUCGCCUAGUAUCAUAUGCGUGUAUAUGUAUGUGUCGACUAUUGUGACUCAGCACCCGUACGCUGUCACAUACUCUAACACCGGUCGGAUAAAAAUUCCAAACAAUCGACCAAAAUGUCUUCGUCAAAGUUGAGGAAUAAUCACCUGAUCGUUCUCAGGAUACACACAGCCUUCUUUUCUAUCCCGGAGCGGUGCGACAGAGGUAUGAAAGUGGGCAUCCUUCACACGCCUGGGUCCCAUUACUCAUUUACUGGCUGGAGUUGGGGGUCUCCGAUGGAAUACUAAUGGUCAAAUCUCAUCAUUUUUCGUCAAAUAGAUCGUAGUCAGAGGACUUGAAAUUUGUUGAAAUUGAAGUUGAUGACCCACUUAUCACAUCACUGCUGCAAUCGGUCCAAGUUAUUUGGUAAGUUCAGCUCAUUCUCUGACUUUCCUAUUAAAUUCCAUAUCUUUAGGUCAUCGGCGAACAACACUUCACCGCAGGUCAUGCAAUCAAGGCAGUCGUUCACGUAUAUCAAAAACAGAAUCGGAUCCAGAAUGGUCAGUUUUGGAACCCCACCGUGAACGGUUUACCAUUCAAAUUUGGCGACAUCAGUAUGAACACGCUGGUGUCUGCCUGUGAGACAUUCGGCCAACUAUUUAAGUAGGUUUUCGAUCCCACCUAUCUGACGCAGUUUAGAUAUUAGCCGACUGUUUGAAACUCCGUCAAAUGCUUUGCUGAUGUCAAUGUAAACAACACUCACUGACAAGCCCAUUUCCAAAGCUUUCUAAAGAUUUAGUCCAGCUUUCCAAGGAUACAAGCAAUCGACCGCCGUGAAAAUCGACCGCCUCUAAAGCCAUGCUGAUGCGCACUAAGCACGUUUUUCUCCACAUUAUGUUUCAGCAGUCUCGUUUUUAUUAUUUUCUCCGUUAGUUUACAACAAAUGCUUGUGAGACUCACUGGUCUGAAGCUACUUGGUGAGGUUAUCCCUCCCCUUUAUGCAUGGCGUUUAUGUUAGCUAACUUUAAUUUCGUAGGCAAAAGCCCCCCAAGCCAUCGAACCUUCAAAGAUCCUGGAGAAGCGGAGGCCAGUUGUUCUGCGAGUUCAUUCAGGACUUUUGCGAGUACGCCAUCUGGACCAGGAGAUUUAAUGGGCUAAACCAGGUGAGGGUAUCUGCGUGUGCAUCUCCGCACACGGUAACACGGCUGUGCAGGCAGGACGGACCUCCGCCCCGGCAUCUCCGAGACGAGGCUCCGUCUGCAAACACUGCAGGAGAGCACAAGGUGAGUGCCUCCCAGGUAAGAGAACACUGCUCUGCUGGAUUGCUAUUUGCAUGCAUGUCUGUGUUUGUUCUUGUUGAAAACUAAAUUCUGUUCUGUUGGAGUUCCUCUGUUGCCUUUGCUUUUUGCUGUUCUUGCCUGCUUGCUUUUGUCUGCUUGUUUGUGUUUGUUCUUACUGCAAGCUUAAUGUCGUUCUGUAGAAUUUGUCUGCACACCGCUUAUAUCUAAGCUUAGAAAGGGACGGGGAAGCUCCGCAUCCCGUCUCUCUAUUCUUUAUCCAUCCCUCUCCUUCAAGUCCUACGGCGUUGUCACAGGCAGUCCCAGGUCAAGUCGGGUAGUUCUCCCGCUAAACAAAAGUCAUGAUGCCUUAGUGGAGUUCGAAAGCCGUCUGGGACAAUUGAGCAGCCCCAUUUAGUAAGGGCACUGCCCACCACGCGAUGGGGAAGGGGCUAGAAAAGGGGCCUUAGACAAAUGCUGGGAAACCACGCCGUCUGCAGGCUAACCGUGGCCGCAGACGUAAAACUCGCGCUCGAGACAACCAAACAAUAAAUAGCACACUCUCUCUUCCCCCUUCUCUUGUCAACCGUCCCACUCGUCAGACUGGUUGGGCGAGUCCGCUCACACUGGCAGCCUGGAAUGUUCGUCCCUUUUCAGACAAUCCGAGGAGCAACCGACCGGAAUGGAGGACAGCGACAGUGGUUCAGGAACUGGCGCGCUACAGGGUGGACAUCGUCACACUCAGCGAGACCCGCUUCUCCGCACAAGGGCAACUGGAGGAGAUGAGUGCGGGUUACACCUUCUUCUGGAGUGGUCGCCCCAAGACAGAGCGAUGGGACGCGGGCGUCGCCUUUGCCAUCCGGAACGACAUCGUGGGACAACUGUCCUGUCUGUCGCAGGGCAUCAACGAUCGUCUGAUUAAAUUCCGCCUGCCCCUCCGGGAAGGCAAAUUCGCCAUCAACAUCAGCAUCUACGUCCCGCCCAGGACCAGCCCCGACGAGACGAGGAACAAAUUCUGUGAGGAACUGCACGUCCUCUUGACGUCUGUACUGAAGGCGGAUAAGUUGAUUGGCCUUGGUGACUUCAACGCCCGCGUCGGCACAGACUAUGCUGCCUGA